AUGCCGAAGACUAGCAUGGGAGAAACUCCGUUUAGCCUCGUCUAUGGUACGGAAGCCGUGAUCCCGGCAGAGUUUGGCCAUCCGUCACCCCGCAUGCUAGCCAUGGAAAAACAAAACAAUGAGCAAGAGCGCAGACUCGACUUGGAUCUUCCCGAAGAGAGACGAGAAAAUGCAGCCAUUAACGAGGCCAAGUACAAGUCAAAAUUGGAAAAAUAUUACAACGCUAGAAUGUGCAUAUGCACUUUCUUAUCGGGAGACUUUGUCCAAAGAGAUAACGAGGCAUCGAACGCAGAACGACCAGGAAAGCUCGCGCCUAAAUGA